GUCGCACUCGCUUGUCUAGCCAUUGUUUACGCAGCAUUCAGCAAGCAGCAGACAACCCAAAGGAUACAGACAAUAUGAAGCCAAGCACUGGUAUUUUGGGCAUCGCCUUGACAGCUCUGCUAGCCUGCUCGCCCAGCCUGGCCGUUGUCCAUGGCAUACAGCCGCUGAGCGCUGGGCCUGCUCUGGCCAGCCCCGGGCACGGCAAUGGCUAUCGCUAUAACGGACCCGCUCACAAAUACCUGCCCGCGGCUAGCGAGCUAACCACUGAGGCCAUCACCACCACCGGCCAUUGGCAGCCCAAUCCUGUGCAGCAGCCCGCCCAGCAGCUCCCCUUCGAGCACACCUACGACAGCAGCGGCAACAGCAUCAGCAGCAGCAUCAGCGGCAGCAGCAACAGCAUUGCCGAUUACCAUGGACCCUACCGCAUGGAAUACUAUGAGCGUGCUCCAAUGGAACAGCGUCAACAGCAACAUCAACAACAUCAGCAACAUCACGAACAUCAGCCUCAGCAGCAGUUGAAUAUGAAUAAUUUUCAAUUUGCCGCCGAUAAUUCAGGUGCUGCUGCUGCUGCAGCAGCUGGUCAGUUUGGCCAAGCUGUCGGUCUAUCUGCUGGCGCGCAGCAUGAUCGCCGUCUGGAGUCUGGUCAGCGAGGUGCUCAGCUGAUUGGCCAGGCGCUGCCCGAGCGCUACCAGCGGCAACCUUUCGCACAGACCUCGUCGAGCUAUUUGCAAAUGCAAUCGCACUCGUACGAGCUGCCGCCCAGCUACAGCAUGCACAGAGAGUGGUACGAGCAGGAGGCGAAGCCGCAGCCGCAACAGCAGCAAUUGCUGCAAACUAGCUACUAUGAGCAACAGCAGCAGCAACAAUUGCUGGCACAACAGCAACAGCAGCAGCUGCAGCAACAGUUGCUGCCACAGUACCAACAGUUGCUGCCACAGGUGCAUCAACACUUCGACUACUCACAGCAGUUGAGCUCUUUCCAUGACCACGCCCACACACAAAACGCCUACGUGACGCAGCCAAGUCGCGAGUUUCAAGCGCCCUAUUACUAAGUAUACCCCUCCCAUGCCACCAGGCCCACUUCCUGCUCCUCACUCCCUCACUCCCACCCCCCUCCCCACACCCAUUUGAGCUCUACAACGUCUAUGGAUCAGAGCUGCUCCAACCCAACGCAAUGAAAACAUUUGCAUUUGGCUUCAAAUGCAUUUUUCGUAUUUCA